ACAAAAUGGCACAUAAACUCCUCAAUUGUUGGGGGCACCAAUAAUCCUUUCUACAUGGGCAGCAUUCAAGUUGGAAGGCUCAGCAUUUCUCUUAGUACUUGUUUAGCUUUGCUAAGAAGCAGUCUUUUUAUUUAUUUAUGUAUUUCCAGAAACAAAAAUAAAGUAAAAAAGCAGUUCUCUCCUAAGCAUUUUUAAUGCUGAUACUACCAAAAAAUAACAUAUUUAGUAUCCUGCAAAAAGAGUUACACCUUAAUUGUACCAAAAAAACCACCUAAGUUUGUAAGAAUACGAAGUUGACUGACUACGUGAUGCUGCGUACGCCAGUUGAGCAUGUAGUUUACAUUUUCUAUUACAAUUUAUGAAGGCAUGAGAAGUUUGGCUGCUGCAUAAUGAGCACCAACGCCAGAAGCAACUUCUGAAACAUGAUAGACCUCACCAGUCUUCCGUUGAAUUUGGUUCCCAAAAUGAAGGAAACAAAAAACCUAACCAUACUUCCUGAAGAGAAUGGUGUGUCAAGGACCGACAUCUUUCCCAAACUUCUUCAGUUGUCAGAUGCGUUAACAAUUAACAACAACUUGGAUUGCUGAUCUUCAAUGUCAAUCCUGUUUUUGAAUGAAGAAUGUUGCAGUUAAAACAGCAACUUCAUAUGCAUAUAUUAAAAGUGCAAGCAACCUCUGCGAGAAAUAUAAGAUCAACUUAAAU